CCUGUAAAAACAAUCAUACAGCUUACCAAAUCCAAUCAGAAAUCGUCUAUGAGGAUAAACGUGCAUCUGAAACAUAAGGAGGGAACCACCGAAGCCCGAGUACUGAUCGACUCAGGAGCAGAAGGACUUCUCAUCAACAAACAAUUCUGUUUAAACAACAACAUAUCAAUGCAGAAAAUCGACAGACCCAUCCCUGUGUUUAAUGUGGACGGCACAGCCAAUGAUGGAGGAAAAAUCACCGACAAAGCCUGCCUGCUUAUGAGAAUAACGAACGAAGAAGGUGAUUACCACGACGAACAAUGCGAACUACUAGCCGCCAACCUAGGAGGAGAAAACGUAAUCCUAGGAAUGGAUUGGCUGCAUGAACAUAACCUGUAA